GUAUUUACAUUUUAACCCUUUCCCGGGCAUUGGCAAAAUAGUUGCCACUCAGGUAAAAAAAAUGUGUUUGAAAAAAAAGUAAUUGAAAUGUUGAAGACUUAUUCAGUGCCUUUAAUAAAAUCCAUAAUAAAAAAAUACACAAUAAAUGUUGAUUUUGACUAGAGAUACUUAUUUAUUUUUUAUUAAAUUAAAGUAAAACGGGCAGUCUUUUUCGUCUUUUUUCGCAGGACACACCGUCGACGAGCCACGAUUCACAAUCGAGACGAGAAUCACAAUCAAAUCAAAAUGAUUUACCACAGAUGUCACCAGGAGAUUCACAAUCAAAUCAUAAUGAUUUACCACAGAUGUCGCCAGAAAAUACAACUUGGCAACGAAAUAAACGUCCUAAAAUCAACCCUAAUAAAGAGUUGAUAUCCGAAGCAUUGAAUAUUAUGAAGAAUGUCUCCCAACGACCAAAUGUGACAAAAGAUGAGGAUGGUUUAUUUGGAGAUUAUAUUGCGGGUCAGUUAAGACAAAUGGAUCGACAAAUGAAAGCUAUUGUGAGACAUCGGAUCAACAAUAUAAUAUUUGAAGCCGAAACUGGCUAUAGAUCCGAUACAUUUACGGAUUUUGCAAGACCAAGUAGUGUUUCUAGUUCACACAGUCAUCCAGGAUACUAUACAGCAUCUUCACUUCAACAGGCGGUUGUAAGCCCUUCUACAAAUAACUUAACUUCUUCUGAAUACUCUGCCCAAACAAACUCAGAUCCACAAACAAUUCAACCUUCGUCACUAGAAACAUUUGCUGAAGAAUACCUAGCUCUAAAUCCUUCUGAUAGUGUUAUAAAGUAAUCUUCAAAAUAUGUUAUAAAUAUUUAAUUUUCUUUUUGGUAUAAUAAAGGUAGCUAUAGGUAGCCCCAUUAAAGUUAAAUUUAAAAUUAGUGUUGACUAUUCCCUUCACACGAGUAGAGCUUGACAUAUGUGCGUAAGGAAUAGCAAGGUUUUAAUUUUAGUUUAGUGACACUUCUACCAAUAGUUAAUAUCAUGUUAUUGGUUUACAAAAACACAUUUCUUAUUUUGUUUAAAAUUUUAUUAUACGAAUCACAAUAAAAGUGUAUCUCACUGUGUAAUUUACGAUUUUAGAUUUAAUGGAUAAUACAUGGAACUACUUUAAUGAUUAAAAAUAAUAUUGAUUAUAUGAGUUGAGUUAUUGGUUAUAUUGCCAUUCUAAUCCUCCGACACUAGAAAGAAAAUAAUGAGUCAUCUCCACUCUUGUAUCCUCAGCGGACACUGUAGUAUCCGAGGUUUGAUUGUCUUCUCCUGACAUAUUAUCUAAGCAACUGUCGUUUUCAAGAUGUCUACGCCAUUCACCGGGAAAGAUUUCUCCUUGAUUAUUUUCAGUAUCGUAUUCAUUUUGCUGAGUUGCAGCGGUUCGUUUGAUAUAAUUAAAUAAAUGUAUACACGCCAAAGUUACAGUAGUAGCUUUUUCUGGGAUUAGCUGAAUAGGUCUAUGAAAAAUCUUAAAU